AGGGUGCCAGAGACAUUUCUGGGGCAUAAAAAUGGGUUUGAGAGUUUGGUUCAAAGUGAAGCUUACCUCCCUCCACUUUCCCUCCCCACCCCCACCAUUCCUGUCCUUCCUGGUGGCCUGAAUGACCUUUGCUGUGGACAGGGGAAGACAGGCCAGAGAAAAGGGAGAGGAUAAAAGAGAGGCUGGCCGACCCUGUCACCACCUUUCCCCAUGGACCUCAUCCUUCCCCCAAAUGUCCCCAAGGGCCUCCUAUUUCCCAAUAUUUCUAUCUUCCCACAACUCGAGUCUCCUUGUCUUACCUCCAUUAUCAAUUUUCCUUCCUCACUUUAAUAUUUCCAUCUCUGCCCAGAUAGUCCCAUCUCCCCUCCUAGACCCCUCUAGCUCCCCAUUAUAUUCCUAUUAUUCUUUCCUCCUCUAUUUCCGCUAACCUCUCCCUAGGAUUCUCAUCUGGCCCCAUCUUCCCCUCAUUUUCUCUCCGACACCCCUCCUUCUUCUCUCAAGGUUCCUCCACCAUCUCUCCACACGUUUCCCUAUCACCCCCCAAAUUUAUCUCACAGCCCUCUCUCUCCCACUCUGCUGUGUCCCCCAAACUUCUCUCCCCACCUCCUCAACCUCCAAACUCUGUUUCUCAUCUCUUCCUCAGAGACCCCCGUUAACCCCAAACUCCUCCCACCCCCCAAUUCCGCCCCAACCUCCUUACCUUCCAAACUCCUCCCACACUCCCCCCUUUCUCUUACACACCUCAUCCCCCAGCUAACUCCUCAUACUCUCUCGUUCUCCCCCAACAAAUCUCACCCUAAAAUUCUCCUACAACCCACCCCCCUCUCCCACAUCCACUCCAUUGCUGCCCCCAAACUCCUCCCAUGUCUCCCCUACACUCUCAUUUCUCCCUCACAUUCCAUCACCUCUAAACUCCUUCUAGACUUCCCCUCCCGUGCCCGUCCCCCUUUUCUCUCUUUCUUUCUCUCCCCACCUCUCCCCCUCCCCAUUCCCCUGCUCCCUGCUUCUCGCUCUCGUCUCCCUCAGUUCCCCUCUUUCCGUCCCCCUCCCUCCCUCCUCCUUGCCCCCUCUCUCUCCUCCUUCCCUCCUCUCUCCCUCCUUCUCCUUCUCUUCCUCCCUUCUCCCAUCCCCCUCUCUCUUGCUCCCUCCCUUCCCCUCCUCGUCCCUUCGCCUCCCGCUUUCCUGUGCGAGUCUCCGGACGCGCGGCGGAGCCCGCCCGCAGCCCGCGCCGGCCCCGGGGCCUCUCUCCGGGACACAUAUUUUUGGGGGGUGGGGUGGGGUUGGGAAACAGAAUCAGAUCUGAGAGGGGGCUCGGGAAGGGGGGGAGCGAUCGGCCCUGAAGAGGGGCGGUAGAGCGGAGGGCGGAGGGGAGGAGAAGGAGGAGGAGAAGGAGAAGAAGGAGGAGGAGGAAGAGGAGGAGGAGGAGAGCUCGGGCUCGGGCUCGGGCUCGAGCUCGGGCUCGGAGGGGGCCGGGACCCCGGGCUGGGGAAAGCAGCGGUGUCAGCAGCCGUGGGCCCCGGGAGGGGCAAGCUGGGGCCAGCGGGUGCCGGGGCCGGGGAGAGGCAACAGCGGGGCGGGGGGAGCGCGGCAAAGUGGGGAGUCAAGGGCGGGGGGCUAACGAGGGCGGCCGAUCGACCAGGGGGGAUGGGGGCCGCCCCCGCGGGGGCCCGAAGCCGCCGCCGCCGCCGCCGCGACUGAAUCCGGGGCGGGGAAAGGGGGGGCCCAGGGAGCCGCCGCCGCCGCCGCCCCCCGGAGCCUUGAGUGACACCCCAGAAGAGCCUUCCGUCCGGAGCCAGGACCCGGUAAGGAAACUGAGGCAGGCAGCAGUUAAGUGAUCUACCAGUCAUAUAUCUAGUAUCUGAAGCAGGUUGAAAGGCUCUGCUGGAGAUUCUAGAAUAUUCCCACUCUGAGGCUUCAGCCUUAGGUGCCUCCACUUGAACCCUGGGAGGGCCUGCUUCCUGCUUAGGCCUAAACUGUGGGGAAGUUGGGGGUAAAACAGCCAUUUAUGUAUUCAGCCGCCCAGGCAGAGGAGAAUGGGGCCUCCACAGCCUGAAGAAUGAAGACUCGACAGAACAAAGAUUCAAUGUCAAUGAGGAGUGGACGGAAGAAAGAGGCCCCUGGGCCAAGGGAAGAGCUGAGAUUGAGGGGCCGGGCCUCCCCUGGUGGGGUCAGUACCUCCAGCAGUGAUGGCAAAGCUGAGAAAUCCAGGCAGACUGCCAAGAAGGCCCGGGCAGAGGAGUGCUCCACCCCAAAGACCAGCAAGCAGGGUCGAAAUGAGGAAAUCUCUGAGAGUGAAGGAGAGGAGACCAGUGCACCCAAGAAGACCAAAACAGAGCAGGAACUCCCAAGACCACAGUCACCCUCUGAUCUAGACAGCCUGGAUGGUCGAAGUUUGAAUGAUGAUGCCAGCAGUGAUCCACGAGACAUUGACCAGGACAACCGAAGCACGUCCCCUAGCAUCUAUAGCCCUGGAAGCGUGGAAAAUGAUUCUGACUCAUCCUCCGGAUUAUCCCAGGGUCCUGCCCACCCUUAUCAUCCACCUCCACUCUUUCCACCCUCUCCCCUACCCCCAGAUAGCAACCCCCGACCACCAGAGCCUGGCUUUGAACCUCAUUCCUCAGUGCCGGCCACUGACUACCACUCUACCAUGGAAUCCCCAGGUCCUCGGAUGUUCCAAGCCCCACCUGGGCCCCCACCUCACUCACAACUCUAUUCUGGAGGAUCUGGGGCAGGCAUCUUGUCUGGGCCCCCAUUAGGUUCCAAGGGGGGAGGGAGUGCCCCUCCGGUGGUGGGGCCUCCUGGUGGAGCAAAGCAGCACCCUCCGCCCACUACCCCCAUUUCCCUAUCAGGCCCUGGAUCUGGUGGACCACCUCCUAAGCCACCUCCUACCCCUGGUGGGAUGGGUAACCCACCUCCUGCUCCUCCAGCUCCAUUUCCCCAUGUGGCACCCAACCUUCCCCCUCCUCCUGCCCUCCGACCCCUCAAUAAUGCCCCUGCCUCAUCUCCCGGCCUUGGGGUCCAGCCAAUGCCUGGGCACCUCCCCUCCCCCCAUGCUAUGGGGCAAAGCAUGGGUGGACUACCCCCUGGCCCCGAUAAAGGCCCUAGCCUGGCUCCCUCACCCCACCCCAUCCCUCCAGUCUCUUCCUCAGCUCCUGCUCCUCCAAUGAGGUAUCCAUAUGCCUCCUCCUGCAGCUCAGCUGCUUCUUCCAGUUCCUCUUCCUCCUCCUCUGGGCCUCCAUACCCAUCCUCCCAGGGGCUGCCUGGUUACCCCCACUCCUUCCCCCCACCCACAAGCCUCUCAGUGUCCAGCCAGCCUCCCAAAUACACCCAGCCAUCUCUGCCCUCCCAGGCCGUGUGGAGCCAGGGUCCCCCUCCUUCCUAUGGCCGACUCCUGGCCAACAGCGGCAAUGCCCACCAGGCCCCCUUCCCAGCCCCCAGUUCGGGUCAGGCAGGUGGUCAUCCUCCAGGCCCCCCAGCACACCAUCACCACCAGCAGCAGCAGCAGCAGCAACAGGCCCCGCAGGCACCCCAGCAGCAGCAGCAACAGCAGCAGCAAGCCCUGCCGCCGCCGCCGCCACCGCCACCACCUCCCCAGCAGCAGCACCCACCUGGUGGUGGCGGCUCAGCCCCAGCUGCUCAGGGGCCCUACCCUCACAGCCUCGAGGGUGGCUCCCACCACGGCCACCCCUAUUCCCUGUCUCCAUCCCUGGGCCCCUUGAGGCCCUUUGCGCCUGGGCCAGCACACCUGCCCCCGCCCCACGGUCAAGGCCCGGGCCCCAGCCCCUACAGUAGCCAGGCGGGCCCGGGUGGUGGUGCUGCUGUCUCGGCCUCCUCGUCCUCGUCUUCCUCGUCCUCAACCUCUUCGCAGGGGCCCUACCCUUGCUCCCACGCGUCGCCCUCCCAGGGCCCAGCAGGGGGCGCCCCAUACGCCUUUCCGCCGGUCACCUCGGCCUCGGCCACGCUCUCCACGGUCAUUGCCACUGUGGCCUCCUCCCCAGCCGGCUAUAAGACAGCCUCGCCUCCGGGGCCACCGGCCUACGUGAAAAGGGCCCCGUCUCCAGGGGCCUACAAGACCGCCACACCGCCUGGCUACAAGCCAGGUUCCCCCCCCACUUUUCGCACGGGGACCCCGCCGGGCUACCGCGGUGCCUCGCCUCCCGCCGGCCCCGGGGCCUUCAAACCAGGAUCCCCGGCUGUGGGACCCUCGGGCCUGCCUGCGCUGCCCCCGGGCCCGGGUGCCACCUCGGCUGCAGCCGCGCCCCCACUCAGUGCAUCCCAGAUCAAACAGGAGCCGGCCGAGGAGUACGAGGCCCCAGAGAGCCCUGCGCCCCCUGCCCGCAGCCCCUCGCCCGCGCCCAAGGUGGUGGAUGUGCCCAGUCACGCCAGCCAGUCGGCCCGGUUCAACAAACACCUGGACCGAGGCUUCAACUCGUGCGCGCGCAGCGACCUGUACUUCGUACCGCUCGAGGGCUCCAAGCUUGCCAAGAAACGCGCGGACCUGGUGGAGAAGGUGCGGCGCGAGGCCGAGCAGCGGGCGCGCGAGGAAAAGGAGCGGGAGCGGGAGCGGGAGCGCGAGAAGGAACGCGAGCGGGAGAAGGAGCGCGAGCUCGAACGCAGCGUGAAGCUGGUUCAGGAGGGCCGAGCCCCCGUGGAGUGCCCGUCCCUGGGCCCGGUGCCCUACCGGCCACCAUUCGAGCCGGGCAGCGCAGUGGCCACAGUGCCCCCUUACCUGGGGCCCGACACGCCCGCCCUUCGCACGCUCAGCGAGUACGCUCGGCCCCACGUCAUGUCUCCUGGUAAUCGGAACCAUCCCUUCUAUGUGCCCCUGGGGGCCGUGGACCCAGGGCUCCUGGGCUAUAAUGUCCCCGCCCUCUACAGCAGUGACCCGGCUGCUCGCGAGAGGGAGCGUGAAGCCCGAGAACGUGACCUUCGAGACCGGCUCAAGCCUGGCUUUGAGGUGAAACCUGGAGAGUUGGAGCCCCUUCAUGGGGUCCCUGGGCCAGGAUUGGAUCCCUUUCCUCGGCAUGGGGGUCUGGCCCUGCAGCCCGCCCCACCUGGCCUGCACCCCUUCCCCUUCCACCCGGGCCUGGGGCCCCUAGAGCGGGAGCGCCUGGCCCUGGCAGCUGGGCCAGCUCUUCGGCCAGACAUGUCCUAUGCAGAGCGGCUAGCGGCGGAAAGGCAGCAUGCAGAGAGGGUGGCAGCCCUAGGCAAUGACCCCCUGGCCCGCCUGCAGAUGCUCAAUGUGACGCCCCAUCACCACCAGCACUCCCACAUCCACUCCCACUUGCAUCUGCACCAGCAGGAUGCCAUCCACGCAGCCUCGGCCUCCGUGCAUCCUCUUAUCGACCCUCUGGCCUCAGGGUCCCAUCUUACCAGGAUCCCCUACCCAGCUGGGACCCUCCCCAACCCUCUCCUGCCUCACCCCCUGCAUGAGAAUGAGGUUCUUCGUCACCAGCUCUUUGCCACCCCUUACCGGGAUCUGCCAGCCUCACUCUCAGCUCCCAUGUCAGCAGCUCAUCAGCUGCAGGCCAUGCAUGCCCAGUCUGCGGAACUGCAGCGCCUGGCCCUGGAGCAGCAGCAGUGGCUCCAUGCCCACCACCCGCUGCACAGCGUGCCACUCCCCGCCCAGGAGGACUAUUACAGUCAUCUGAAGAAGGAAAAUGACAAGCCUCUGUAGAGCACCGGCACCGGGACCAGCCAGGGGAGGCGGCAGAGCCCCUCGGAAGAAAGUGAAGAGGCCCGCUGGAGGAGAGGGAGCGGGAGGGAGGGCACUGGAUGAGGCGGGGUAGCUUGGGGAGAUUGAGAGGCAGAAGCGCCCAGCGGCACGGCCGGGAUUCCCUUUCCUUGUUUCUCCUGCCCCUCCCAACUUCCUGGGGGGUGCAGCCCCCCUCCUCUCCUCCUCUUCCUCGGUGUGAUUACUUCAUCUGUUAGAUGUGGCUGUUUUGUAGCAUCGUGUGCUGCCCCGCCCCCCCACCUGUGUGCGGCUCUCCUCCCCUAUUGUAUACCCCCACAAUUCCUCCCCCACAUUAAUAAUUUAUAUAUAUAUAAAUAUCUAUAUGCCACUCUUUAAAAAAAGGCCCCAACCAAAACCAAACAACAACAAAAAAAUCCUCACAACCCCCCA